CCCCCAGGAAGCUGUGACUGUUUCUUCCAGCCCAAAUCCUUGAAGAAGUGGAAUGUCCAUGGCCUCUGAUCGUGUCGAGGUUGACACCGCCCGCCCUUUCCGGUCCGUGAAGGAGGCUGUCGCGGUGUUCGGGGAGCGCAUCCUCGUCAGCGGAAGCAACUCUAGAUACAGCAGCAAUGCCGUUGCCAUUGCCGAUCCGCAUGCCAAUGCCAACCUUAAUGCCAAACACGAAGAUAGCAGUAGGAGUAGUACCGCCACCCUUUCUCCAAAUGCAAUGGCAGAGGUAGAUGCAGAACCAGAGACAGAGGCAACUGCAGCUAUUGUGCCUAUGUACUCCGCGCACUCCUCGCCGUCCUUCACGUCGCCGGGUUCAGCGUAUGAUGACAACGGCGAGCAUGGUUACCAAGACGACGAAGCCGGGCUGGCGAUCGUGAGCUCCAUCAAAAAGCUGGAAGCGGAGGUGGCCGAUACGAGACGGGAGGUGCUGCAGCUCAGGAAGAGGGGCACCGAGAUGGAGAUAGCCGUGGCCAGCCUCAACGCGCAGCUCCACCGAGGCCUGUCGAGGCUGGCCGAGAUUGAGGCCGACAAGGCUGCGGCGGCGGCACGGCACAGCAUCGGUGGGGACACCGACGUGAUGGCGGCGGCCAUGGUGCGGAGCGAGCGGUGGGCCGAGAAGUCCAGCACGUACAGCAGUGAGUACCUGCCGUCGUUCAGCCACGCGCUAAGCCUCGGCGAAAUCGACGACGACCUACUAGGCGGCAGGAGAAGGAAGGCGCAGAAGGUGAAGCCCAUCGUGCCACUCAUCAGAGACAUCCUCUUCUCCAAGAGUUUCUCCAAGAGGAAGAGCAGCAAGGACAGCGGGGAUCUCUCCAGCGUGUUAGGGUGAUCAAUUGCUUGUUGCGUGCUCAGGAUGUGGCUGGUUGCGUGUGGUUUGGAUGGGUCAUGUGCUUUCUUUGGUCCUUCCUUUCUCUUUCGUUGGGUUUUUUCAUUUUUCUUUGUGCUCUUGUUUGUGUGAGCCUGUAAAUGUAACAUACUGAUGAAUGCUUGUAUCUAUGUUUUAGAUCA